AUGCGUUUUCUACGCGCAACUGUUCGUUCUGGAUUAUUUUGGUCGACACAGCAGUUUAAGCUUCGUCUGCUGCCCUACACGCUGGUGACGCUGGUUCAGACCGACAAGUCCAAGUACAAGGCCGGCGAUCUGGUGCAGUUCCGCGUGGUGACGCUCAAGAGUGAUCUCACUGCCAUGGAGGAGGUGGUGGACCAGAUCUUCAUUACAACACCAGGCGGUACAAGACUGGCGCAGUUCGACAAGGUCGCCACGCGGUCCGGCAUCAUUCAGAAGAAGUUCCAGCUGACAGAAGAGCCUCCCCUUGGCAGAUGGACCAUCCACGUAAAAAGGAGGGACAGAAUCGUGAGACAGCCGUUCGAGGUGGAGGAGUACGUGCUGCCCCGCUUCGAAGUCACCAUCACCGGUCCCAAAUACAUCACCCGUGGAGCCAACACCGUUACUCUUAAAGUCUGCGCCACCUACACGUUCGGGAAGCCAGUGUCGGGCGCCGCUAUGAAGCUGUUGGUAUCUCGGCCGUCAACGUUCUUCUCCCGACGCCGGGGCGCGUCAGGCUCCGAGGAGAAGCCGCCUUCGAACGUGACCUUCGCAGAGGAGACGGACAAGAACGGCUGUGUGGAGAUAGACGUCGUGUUGGCGAAAAUCGGACUAGGAAGUGCCCCCACUCGGCGCGUCCAUGCGAGCAGAAUCAUGGCGGAGGCAAACGUGACGGAGAGUGGCACAGACAUCCUACAGCAAGCUGACAUCACCAUCCCGAUCCAGAACCGCCGCGUCCGCAUAGAGAUGUACAGAGCGGCAGGCUAUGGCUUCAUCAAGCCCAAACUGCCGUACUUCGGCUACGUGAGUAUUAAAGACGCGGACAACGAGCCACUGGCGAAGGAGCGCAUUCCAGGUCUGCUACACUUCCUUCUUCAGAGACAGGAACGUGUCGGCAGCUCCACCACAUCCCACAAUAUUCCCGUGAGUUACCACCGGUCGUGUUCAGUUAACCGAGUAUUCAGGCACUCUGGACAAGGUUAAUAUGGGGCAAGUUUAGGAUCAAGGGGGCGACGUCAACCAAGGCAAUAAUGUUAGAAAUGGGUUUCUGUCAAAAAUGUUGGAUGGGUACCUGAAAUUUUUAGAGAUUCACCGGUAACAGUUUGGGAUGACUCAUUUUAACGACCUUUGACUCUACCAUGGGUCAUAUGCGAAGCCAACAAGCAACCGUGCGGCACGCAAUAUGACUUCACUGCACGCCACACGGGCGUGAUUUCACAAAAUGAUCUGGGAUGAGGCUGAACAGUGAAAAAUGAUCCGACUUACCUGCAGAAUAUGCCAGCAAACAGAUUUCUUCGAAAAUUUGACCGAAUUUGUUUACAAAGUUUGGGGGACUGAAGCCCAAGUAGGGGGGGGGGGAGCUGAAAGUAUCUCAGCUAUAUGGGAACCUACAACCCUGGUACGCCCUUAUGCUGCGGUGCCAUGCGCCCAAAAAUGUGAUGGCGGGGAGAAAAUUCGCUGUUUUGGGAGCUUAAAAAAGUUGUGGGUGUCACAAACUUUGUUUCAUUGUGACCUUGGUUACGUAAAAAAGCCAUUUGGUUGACCAGAUGACAUCAAGCGCAUGCAUUUUUGUCCCUGUGCACUUGUGCUGUACGACAGAGGCCAAGUAUCUGGACUACGGUCUCGUCAUCCACAUUGGAAUUUCGUAAUGAGGCCACACAGCAGCCGUGGAAGCCACACAUAAUCCGCCAUUGGCUCUAUCUGAGAACCAGCAGGUGAAGGUCUCUGAAGGUCUUCCUUCUACAUCCUUGGUUCGCUGCGACUUACCUCAAGUCCUGCACUUUUUAAGUGAACUUUACUGGCGUUUGGUACGCGAUAUUCUUGGGCCCUGGAUGUUUCCAUGAAACACGUUCAGUGGUCAUUGUAAAAUGGGGUGGUCGUUGAAUGGUCAAGACGUUCGGCCCCAGCAUGGAGGUCUCGGUUUGCCAUUUCCGGGUUUUCCACGGAGUGGAUAUGUUACUGGGGCGGCUUCGCUGUCACUGGCAUUUCAGAGGAUGGUAUGCGGCAACAUGCGUUGUUUUCUGGUUCAAAAAGGGUUAUUAUGAUGCAUAUGUCUGCAAUGUUUUGGUGCCCACGCUUGCCAAGAAGGUUCCCAUUAGAGAUGCCCCAUAUCCCAGCUAACACAUAGUGCGUGGUGUCAAAUGGAGCUAAUCUGUGCACCCUGACCUGCAUAACUCCUGGCGAGGCAUCUCACCUGUUCACCGACAUUCUCUGUGCGAAAGACUGUUAUGGUGAAGCUGUUAAAGUUGUUGUGCUUCAUUUUUGCUGAGAUUUAUUGGUAUCCGCGCAAAUUUACAAAGUUACACAGAUAGAUCAAUAUGAUUUAUUUAAUCCGCGCCCGGCUGGGGUCUAAGAAAGCCGCGCCCGGCCGGGGGGAGGGGAUGUUGACUUCCCCUGGGGUCUCCAACUUCCAGACACUGUAUAAGAUGAACAAAGAUACCUCCCAUAAAAUCUUGUAAUAUCAUGAAGAAUGCCACAAACUUUUUCGCCUUGGGGCAAAUGUGAGGUUACCAAAGGCCACAAAAGACAAAAAAACAGUCGUUCCGGCAGUUCUGGUUAAAACCUAUGUUGAUACGUCAUGACGGAAUAUUAAGGGAAUGGGAACAGGUGUUCAGACUGUGGGAAGUCCUUUCUGACCAUCUCUGUUCCCCCACACGGAUCAGGCCAGACCAGGUCACCGUUCAAAAUUGGUUCACCAGUAGUCUAAAAGAGCGAUACUUUUCCUCACGAUAUGCCUAUGACUAAGUUUUUUUCAUUAUGUGCAGCUGUGAGAUGAACGUACGCAAAAGUACCUAUCUAGGGCGACCUGGAGGUCAUCUGAGGUCAACGUAGGUCAAAGUUAUAGACCAUCUAAAUGCAAAACUUGAAGUUCUAAACGGGUCUAUGUGACCAGUAAAAUGACUUUCUGUUGUCAGAAAUAGUGUUUUGUAUGUCCAGGCGCCAAUAGCGCCGGCAGGGGGGGGGGGGGGGGGGCACAGGGGGCAAGCUGCCCCGCCCCUGAGGCUCUGAGGGUCCUUCGGGCCUCUCGGAACCUACUAUAGAGGGCCCGAUUUGAGGGUCCGAAGGGCCCGAAAAGUCAACCAGAGGUCUCAUUCAGGGACCCCGGCCCGCAAGACCGGACACUCAAAUAACAGCCAGAGGGCCCUGAGCGCUGAUCAGGGGCCUACCGGGCCGGUAAAGGCCUAUAUUUCGGUCGGACGCCACCAAUGACGCACAGCUCUGUUUGAGCAUGGACCUCAGGGCCCACUUCCCAAGUAGGGACAACGCUGGAGCCGGCGGUUUACAUUGCUCGGGGCCCCCAACCCCUAAUAGGGGCCCUGUAUUGCCCCGAGUCGAUCUAGGGAAGUGUUUAAUGAGGCCUGAAGAGGAGCCCGGGCAGCCCAUCGAAACCGACAAUCAAAGGCCCAGCUGGAAGACAUAAGGGUCCGAAGGACUGGCUGCAAGUCACAUCAAUAAUCGUGAUCCGUAGGGUCGUGACCUGAAAUAUCCGUCAGAGACCAUGAUGCACCGUUUUAGGAACCCACGCAAAAUCUGGGUGUAUAGGUCGGUCAGAGACCACGAACAGCAAACAGUCGGCUCCAUGUCCGUCUGGGCUCCUGAGACCCAUUUCCCGAGCAGAAACGAGACCGGGUCCGCGAUUUACAAUGCUUGGGAUCCCUGACACAAUGAGGGGCUCCUGUGUCGGUUGGAGGUCGGGCUCCUGUAUCGGUUCGACAGUGCCGAACAGGGGUCCUGUGGCGGCAGGCGGCCCCGAUUCAGAGCGGUGUUUGAGGGGGCCCGAAAAGGGGCCGAAGGGUCUUUCGAGACCAAAGAUCAAAUGUCCGAUGGUAUGGUCGAAGGGUCCGAAGGACUGGCUGUAGGUCACAUUAAGGACCCAAGCCCAUAGCCCAUAGCCCAUGCCCAUGUUCUCAAAUGUCAGUAAGAGGAUCUCUUCCAAAGAUGGGUACCCCUGCGGCAGUGUUCCUCUAUUUCGGCCAGAGAUCACGAGCAACAGUCAGCUCCGUGUUGUUCUGAGCUCGGGGGGCCCGUUUCCCAAGCAGGGAUAAAGCCGGGCCCGUGAUUUACAUUGGUCGGACUCCUGUAUCGUUCAAGGCCACACAAUACCUAACAGGGCAUUCUGCGUCGACAAGCGACAUCGAGUCGGUCAGGGGAAGAUUUGUUCAGCGAGGGUGGGGACGCGAGCCUGAACAGCAGAGGGUCUCUUGCGCUAAUCGGGCCCUGUGAAAAACGAAGGAAACAAAACUUAUAGUGAAUGCUCACAUUGAAGUAAUGAAAGAGUCGUGAGCCAGGCAGGGCCCCCAGUACCGAACGGUGGGCUCUCCAACCUUUUCCAGCAUGGGCCCGUUAAGCCCGACUGGAGUACAUCUGCCAGUUAUUUGAUCACCUGCGGUGGGCAGGGAUGUUGUUUCGUUAAUGACGGUUCAUGCGUUGAUCCGGGGUCAACUACGCGGAUCAGAAGGCCUCCGGCGUCAGGGAGCGGACCAGUGUGAUAUGAUGUAUCCCUCUAAGGGCCUCCGGAUCGGCCAGGUGAUGCCGCCCCGUGUCGCUAGAAUGACGACCGGAGAACAACCGCGGUGGGGACGGAGUGGCCCUUCAGCUCUUGACCGGGAACUAUAAUGUGCCCCGUAGUGUUAUACUCGAGGAGCCCCUUUAUCGGAAAGAAAUAAGGGGUUUCAGUACUGCUGAAAGGAGUGGGCCGAAAUGAGCGCGAAGUGUACAAGGCCAUCCACGUUUCCCUAAGAACUUUCAUUAUUUUGCAGAAUCGACUAGUGAAGCAAGUCUCACCAAAAUGUUUGAGGCCUGCGCGCCGGGCGCCGACAGUAUAGUGGUUCACGCGCCUGCGUCAACCGCUGCGCGUCUCGGGUUUGAUUUCCCACGGUGCCCGCCCCUCCCGCCGGGGUGAUAGGCUGGCAGCGCGAUAUAGCCCCAGCAGCCGAGUACGUCAUGGGCCCGAAUGGCUUGCCCGUGAUCUCGGGGAGCAAGGAUAGCAACGGUUUGGGUCGUAGCUAUCGUAAAGCCCACCGGCGUUGCCCAGUGCGAGUAACGCCAGAGGACGGGCGCCGAGCGCGCAGCAAUAACCAUAGUAAAAUAAUGCUUCUUGUCUAUAUAAGAAUGUCUUUUAAAACCAAUUAUACAGAUCAGGAAUUAUACCGGGCGACUUUUUACAACCGUGAGGAUGCCCUCUUGACAGCCUAACAGUUAUAGCAACACGACAAGUCUAAAAUUUACCUUUACUUCUCCAGUUCCACCACCAGAUUCCAGCACUAUUCGCGGUGCUGCAAGAACGAAUACGUUAUUGUCAUCAAUCUUAAAACCGCGCAGGUGAUAUAUAUAUAUAUAUAUAUAUAUAUAUAUAUAUAUAUAUAUAUAUAUAUAUAUAUGUAUAUAUAUACAUAUAUACGCCCUGAAAAUCUUCAAAGGUACAAUUUGGUGUACAAAAGCUCUCAAAGGUGCUUUUCAGAUGUGUCACUAUUUUCGCCCACCUGUUGACCACGGCCUAAUAUAAGUUGCGGGGCCAACGCUGCGUGGCCUGCGGAGGCGGCAAGGCCUGGCGUGCAGUUUUUGUUUCCAUGAUAUGCGAGCGUGCAUGCUCAUAACUAACCUACAUAAAUUGUACCACUUACCAAUUAUGACUGAAUGUUGAAGAUAUUCAGACAGUUAAUCCAAAUUGUUGACCAUUUUGAUUUAUAAUCAACAUUUGCGGAAGCCUUGUCAUUUCUGUAAAAUCCAGAUACAAAUUCUGACGAGUCAUUUAACGCGUAAUUUUGUCAGUUUAUUCACUAUAAGCUUGAGGAAGAAUUGAUCUCGGGGUAGCGCCUGGCCUAUAUUCCAGUUAUAGAAGGCUUAAGUAUGU